AAAACUAGAGAGGUCAAAUAGAGAAAGAAAGAAAGAGAAGAGAAGAGACAUGUUACUCAUGGCCUGGGUCUUAAGACAAGCACCCAUUUUCAUCAAUGAUUCAAUUCCUUGUCUCUCUCGAUAAUCACUAGAGCACUGCAAUGUCGGUUCUCUGCGGCGCCGAGUGCGUCAUGGUGUUGGGCUGCACGCGCUGGCUCUGGCGCCGCUGCACUUACGUCGGCUCCGACGACAGCGACACCUGGCCCCUCGCCACCCCCGACGAGUUCGAUCCCGUCCCCCGCCUCUGCCGCCUGAUCCUCGCCGUCUACGAGCCCGAUCUCCACAACCCCCGCUUCAUCCCCAAAGGCGGCUACCGUCUCAACCCCGACGGCGUCGUCAAGCGCGUCACCUACGAGCAGACCUGCGGCCACGCGCCGCCCUACCUCAUCUACGUCGACCACGACCACCGCGACAUCGUCCUCGCCAUCCGGGGGCUCAAUCUGGUGAAGGAGAGCGACUACAAGCUGCUGCUGGAUAACAAGCUCGGAAUGCAGAUGUUCGACGGCGGCUACGUCCACCAUGGCCUCCUGAAGUCCGCCAUUUGGUUGCUUAACGAGGAAGGCGAGACUCUGAAGCGACUAUGGCUUGAGAAUGGACCUGAUUACAAUAUGGUCUUUGUUGGCCACUCUUUGGGGUCUGGUGUGGCCGCAUUGCUGACUGUGAUCGUGGUCAAUCAUAGGGACCGAUUGGGUGGGAUUCCCCGGAGUCAGAUUCGCUGUUAUGCUCUAGCUCCGGCGCGCUGUAUGUCCUUGAAUUUGGCUGUCAAGUACGCCGAUGUUAUACAGUCAGUGAUCUUGCAGGACGAUUUCUUGGCAAGAACUGCAACUCCCUUGGAAGAUAUCUUCAAGUCAAUCUUUUGCUUGCCGUGCUUGUUGUUUUUGGUGUGUUUGAGAGAUACAUUCAUACCGGAAGAUAGAAAGCUUAGAGAUCCCAGAAGACUCUAUGCACCAGGUCGGAUGUAUCAUAUUGUAGAGCGCAAAUUUUGCAGAUGUGGGAGGUAUCCUCCAGAGGUCAGAACUGCCAUUCCUGUUGAUGGAAGAUUUGAACAUAUUGUCUUGUCAUGUCAUGCUACAUCAGAUCAUGGAAUUAUCUGGAUAGAAAGGGAAGCAGAGAAGGCUGUAGAAAGAAUGAGGGAAAGGAGCUCUGAGACCAUAACAACUGCUCCAAAAGUACAAAAACUAGAGAGGCUGCGGACGUUUGAAAAGGAACACAAAGAUGCGUUGGAAAGAGCUGUCAGUUUAAAUGUGCCUUAUGCUGUAACGGCCUCUGAGGAAGCCUCCGAGGAUCAAAAACCGGAGGAGGCUCCGCAGAAUGAGACUGAAGAUGUGUCAGAGACAAAGUCAAAGUCCACUAGUGGAAGGACAAACUGGGAUCAUGUGGUUCAAAAGCUAUUUAAGAAAACUGAGUCUGGAGAUAUACAGCUAAAUAGAGAAUCAAAUGCCCUCAACUAGCAACAUCUUUAUUUCAGUUUCGAUUUGGCUUCACUUUGAGGUUAGGUUUUGUGAAUAUCUCAUUCUUAUUUCUUUCUACUGGUUUGAGUAUAUGUUAGAGUUUGUCCAUUUUGUGCUAUACAUUUUGUCAGAGACAACCUCGGGUCCAUUAUCCAUGAGGAUAUUACAAAUACAUAGAAUACUCAGAUUCAAUGCUCAUAUAAAGCCUUAAAUUAUUUGCUGGUCC